AUGUGGAUUAUUAUCCAAACAGGUCUCGAGCUUCCACGAGAUGGUGUUGGAAAACCAGCAUCAUGCGUGAACUGGGAUGCUAGCUUAAUGAAGAAAGUUGAAGUCGAUGCCAAAGCGACCUACACCCUUCAAUGCGGCCUAACCAAAGAGGAGCUUAACCGAGUCGGCCCGUUCUCAAGUGCGAAAGAGUUGUGGGAAAAACUGAUCGAGCUGCACAAGGGCACUUCCAAUACUGAGGAAGGUGAGUCAGCAAGCCAGCUUCAUGCUGGCAUACAAGAUCUCCUCAACGACCUCCACGCAAUCGGACAGAAGGUGGAGAAUUGA